AUGCUGCCGCAAGACCGGCUCCCGGCAACGGGCUGGGUCGAACUGCACGGGGGCGGUGCUCUCGCGACAGCACGCCCUCCGAGCGGGGCGCGCAGGCGCAGAGCGGCCCCGCCGGAACUUAAUUUUCCGAUGUGAGACUAGUUUCGCGCCGAGCUCUACCUUCUGGAAAGGGCCGUCGCUAGACCCUUCCAUUUGCAAAAACGGGGGGGGGAGUAGUUAUGGGGGUGUUCGGCGAGCGAAAAAGGUGGUGAAAAAGCCAGGGUUUUAAAAAUAUUUCUUUAAGAGAGACCAAAAGGUACGAAUGGUGUGGAUUUAGUGAGAGGAGAAAGGGUUUAGGAGUUCGAAGGGGAUUUUGCCCCCCGCAAGACUCCCCCGUUGGGGAAAUGGCGUGACCCGGUUGAGCCGGCUUGGAGGAGAUCUCGCGAUGUUUGGAGGAGGAGGAGAUGCCUGUACGAUGAAGAGGAAAGAGCUUCAGGAAGGAAAAGACGCAAAAGACGAUGCGUUUGCCAGUUCUGAUGCUAACCAUUUCGAGAAAAGAAAUUGGGGUCUCUUGAUCCCUGGGGUUGUUGGAGGGACACUGGUGGCUCUGUAUGCAGUUGCAACUCCAUUUGUAACCCCAGCCCUCCGAAAGAUUUGCUUGCCUUUUGUACCGGCGACUUCAACCCAGAUCGAAAAUGUUCUGAAAAUGUUACAGCGGAGAAGUGGAUCCCUGGUAGACAUUGGCAGUGGUGAUGGGCGUAUUGUGAUAGCAGCUGCAAAAGAAGGAUUCAGAGCCGUCGGUUACGAGUUAAACCCGUGGCUAGUGUGGUACUCUAGAUACCGAGCUUGGAGAGAAGGUGUACACCACACUGCCAAAUUUUACAUUUCAGAUCUGUGGAAGGUUAGUUUUUCACAGUAUACGAACGUCGUUAUUUUUGGGGUACCUCAGAUGAUGCUGCAGUUGGAGAACAAACUUCAGUUAGAACUCGAGGAAGAUACUAGGGUCAUUGCGUGCCGGUUUCCUUUUCCACACUGGACUCCAGAUCACAUUACUGGGGAGGGGAUAGAUACUGUAUGGGCAUAUGAUUCCAAGUCAUUUCAAGGAAGUGGAAAGAGAUGUCCAGAGAUACUCAGUCAAAGAAAAAAGACACACAACCGAAACAUCUCCUUAAGUGUUAAAUGCGAAGAUCUUCGAUUGGCGCUGUUGACGUCCCUGUAUUGACAAGAAACCUACCGAGACGACAGCAGGCAGAAAUACGAACUGGUCUUCAUGUAGAUAUCCCGAAGUGAUGGAGCCAGAAAUCACAGAACGAAAGAGUACGUGGUCAAGGAUGUAGGUAGAUUUUUAAACCCCAAAAUUAAGUCCUCCCAAAUGUCAAGUAUUUUGUCAUAUACCUUGUAGAUUCUCAAUAGGAAUUAAUGGACAGCGAAAAUGAUGAAAUAGACCUGUGGGUAGAGAUUUGAGAAAACAGUAUCCUUUUGAAAACUGAAAUCUAGAAAAAAGCAGCAGUACUUCUGUGCCUUGAAAUACGUGUUUUCUUAAUGCGUUGGUUUGUGAACUUAAAUUUUCUCUUUGAGGAUAUUUUAUUCUGUUGCAACUCCAGAAACUCUAAUCACACAAGUUUCACUAUUGACAGCUUCAUUGUGUUUGACAAAGUUGUCAGUUGAAAGCCUUUGAAGAGGCAUUUAAAUUUAGGAAUAGAUUUGGCAACACCUUUUCUCAGACUACUGGAGGGUAAAUGACGGUGUCUGCCUAGGAUAAGACUGAAGGUAGGUUGAAAACAUUUCAAGGAUUCUGCGAUGGCACUAUUGACAUACGUCUAUCCAGGUAAAUGUUAGGGGGAGUUGCCAUUUGAACCUGUGGUCACAAUUCAACACAGCGGGGCUGAGAUUAGGUUGAGUUUGCAGCCAAAGUGCUUGCAUUGUGAGAUUGUGUUCUUCCACGUGCCUCCUAAUUAGCUCACCUGCUUCACAGGUGCUGGUGGUUCUGUUGCCCCUCUCCUCACCCCGCCCUGUUCAUCCAUCUACACCCUGUCUAAAAAUCAAUCUGUAUCCCAGGGCGGUAAUAAUAAUGUUGGUAUUAAGCGCUUACCAUGUGCAGAGCACUGUUCUAAGUGCUGGGGUAGACCCAGGGGAAUCAGGUUGUCCCACGUGGGGCUCACAGGAGAUAUGCUACAAGACUGAGGGAUAGGAAAGUCUGAAACACUGUCAGUCCAUCAGACUGAUGACAGGGUUCCGGGUGUUCCAGAUUGGGACUGGUCAUAUUUGCUUUCGCAAAUUAUGGUCUUGUCUGAACAUCACCUCGUCUACUGUGCUGGUGUGGCAUUUGGAUUGUGUUAAUACUGUAUAUGUUAUGGGUUUUCUCCUGGGAAAAAAAAAAGUCUUCAAAAAACAUGCUUAUUUGUGCAGAUAUGACCAUCAUUUACAAAGACCCUCAUACAGAAUUGUUGAUUACUCUCUUAAUGUUGGAGCGCGAGCAGAUUUCUAUCUUUCCUAUAGCUCUAAAGGCUGCAUUGAGCCUAUGGAGGAAUAUCAUAGGAAAGGCAAAACGAAGGAAAAUAUAUAUAGGGAGUCACGAUUUUUAUUAUGAAAUAGCACAUUACACCUCAAGGGGAUUCCUGUUUAGCAUAUAAAUUGGCUGAUUGGUCAUAAUAUAUUUCAAAAUGUCUUAAUGAUAAAACUUUGGUGAUUAAAUUAACUUACUCCCUUGA